CUCUCUCUCUCACACACACACACUCGCGCUCUCUAUUACGCGCAUACAUUGUCCUCCUUGGGCAAGCUAACGGGGAGGUGUUAACUACUUUGACUUGUGGUUAUCCUCGGUGCUUGCGGCGCGCGAGUCACCGCCACUGUCAUUUGGCGAAAAGUUUUGGGUUUGUUGUGGGGAUAAAACAAAAAAACAAAAAAAAAGGAGCCGGAAACCGAGGAGGCUUCCACAGAAGUAGUGGAUUCUCCCAUGAAGAGUUUGACCAGCGGAAGAUGAGGAAGCGACUGUAAGGACCUUCGACACCCAAUCGGGCUUUGGCAGAGCCAAGCGCCCCGGCUCGACUCGCAGCUCCGGUCUGAGACGCUUUCCCAAGGAGGCCGCGUUGAGCUUCUCCGAGGAGGAAGCGCUUCGUCCUCAAUUCUUCUCGAGCGCCCUCAUCCGUUUCGACAUGGACCUCCACAGAGCAGCGUUCAAGAUGGAGAGCUCCUCCUACCUGCCCAAUCCCCUGGCCUCGCCCGCCCUCAUGGUCCUGGCCUCCACCGCCGAAGCUUCCCGCGACGCCUCCAUUCCAUGCCAGCAACCGCGCCCGUUCGGCGUGCCCGUUUCGGUGGAGAAAGACGUUCACUUGCCGUUUAACAACGGCUCCUACACCUUUGCGUCAAUGUACCACCGCCAAGGCGGCGUCCCGCCGGGUUUCCCCAACAGGGACUUUCCUCCGUCCCUCCUCCACCUCCAUCAUCAGUUUGCUCCGCCCAACCUGGACUGCUCGCCAAUCAGCAUGCUGAAUCACAGCGGUGUCGGGGCCUUCAGGCCCUUCGCUUCUCCUCCCGAGGAUCGAGACGGCGCGCCGGGCGGCUAUCAGUCCGCUUUCACGCCGGCCAAGCGCCUGAAAGGCUGCCUGGACGCGGAAGCUUCCCCCCACCUCCGUUAUUCCGACGCCGAGGGGAAAGAAUACGACUUUGGCGGUGCCCAGAUCCCACCCGGGAGCUCGCCCGCCGGCGCCUUGAAGGCCGUCGAGGACGGCGGGAAGAAGCUCUUUGCUGUGUCCGGCCUUCUUUCAGACCGCGAGACUUCAUCCAGCCCCGAGGACCGCAUCGAGCGCUGGCAAUGGUGGACACCGAGGGUCCCCAACCACCGGUCCGUGGACCGGUACCGGGCUUCGGCCCAUUUGGGAGCGGGCCGCACAGAGGCAGACCUGACUGCGAGCCGUAAGAAGAAAAUGUCGCUGUACGACAGCCAGGCUCCAAUCUGCCCCAUUUGCCAAGUGCUGCUCAGGCCCGGCGAGCUCCAAGAACACAUGGAAACGGAGAUCGAAAGACUUGCCAACAUGUGCCUUAGCAGUAAAAUUCCUUCACCCAAGGAUGGGCCAGUCACUCCAGGAACUCCCAAGUCAAUGCUGUUAUCGGUGCACAUCAAGCGUGAGGGAGAGUCUCCGGUGGCCUCACCGUUGUCAUCAGAAGAUGCCCACCACUCGGACAGAUACCAGACAUUUUUACGAGUUCGCGCUAACAGACAAACACGGCUGAAUGCCCGUAUAGGCAAGAUGAAGAGGAGGAAGCCUGAGGAUGGGGGCCAGGUAUGUCCGCUGUGCAGUGCCCCGUUGGCCGGGAGCGAGGAGGAGAUGAGUAGACAUGUGGAACAAUGCCUCAUCCAGCGUGAAGGCGCGCUCGGCGAUGACGACUCCGCCGAUCUGGACGGCGACAGCGGGCGCGGCUUUGAGGAGUACGAGUGGGCCGGACAGAAGAGGAUCAGAGCAACCGCACUUUUGGAGGGAGGCUUCAGAGCCACCGGUUUUGCUACAUGUAGUAUCAAAGAGAGCGGGGCAGACAGCGACGCAGACCUCGACGUGGAUGGAGACGACACGUUGGAGUAUGGCAAAGCGCAGUACACCGAGGCGGACAUCAUUCCAUGUUCCGGAGCUGGAGAAGACCAAGGAGAAGCCAGAGAGCGGGAGGCACUACGGGGGGCCGUGCUCAACGGAGGCGUGCCCUCCAACAGAAUAACGCCCGAGUUCUCCAAAUGGGCGAGCGAUGAGAUGCCUUCAACGAGCAAUGGAGAAAGCUGCAAAAUGGACCCAAGCGCUCCCUCGUCCUCCACUCCGUCUUCCACCUCCUGCGUCCCACGCACCUGUAAAAACAGCGAGAUUGAGAAAGUAACAGAGGACGAGUCCACGGCGACCACCAUGGAGGCUCUGAAGGCUCGAAUCAGAGAAUUGGAGAAGCAGAUACUGAGAGGGGACCGCUACAAGUGUCUCAUCUGCAUGAGGAAGCCCGCAAUCCAGUCAGGUGUGGAAAUCAAGAGACUAGGGGCAUGGCCAGGGCCCCGCCCUUUGGCCGGUGAGCUCAGAGAGAGGCAGCCUAAGUCCCUCCCCCUUGGCUUGUACUACCUGUACAGGGGCCUUGUGAUUGGUGGCUACGGCAGCAGCAUAAAGAGGCUCCUCCCGCAGCCUCUUCGGAGGGAUUCCUACACGAUGCCCCUCACCUCCAUACAGUGCUGGCAUGUCCACUGUGAAGAAUGCUGGCUCAGGACUCUGGGGAACAAGAAGCUGUGUCCUCAGUGCAACACCAUCACCUCCCCCGGAGACCUACGACGCGUCUACUUGUAAAGAGCCCGGUCUCCGAGCCUCAGCCACCACCGUGGAGUUCAUUCUUGUCGUCGUUUUGUUUCCCCCUGCCCGGCAAUUCUGUGGACCAGGUUGUCGGGUGCCAAACCUUACAAAAAAAGAAAGUUAUGGGAAUUGAACUGGCUCGAAUGAACGAAUGACAUGAGCAGCGCUCACCGUCUGUUGCUGCCACAAUAACACUGGGGAGGGCGGGCUGGGGCUGGACAGUCCUCCACAAUAUUGCGUGUCAUCUACUGAUGUCCUGUUAGCCAGCAGACAUCCUGACACAUCUUGACUCACCUACGUUUGUCCUGCUGAGAACUUUGAGCUCCACCGGAGCUUGACAUGUUAGCAAAUUCUGAACGAGCCGACCUCCAAGACUGGAACCAUGUGCCCUGACUCUUUUUCAACAUCCCAGUGGACUCCAUUCAACUUGAUGGAAAACUUUCUGUUGUUGUUGUUGUUGUUGGUUUCCCUUAUUAUAUGCAGAAAGAAAACUCGAGAAGAGGCCUGUCCGUGACAGCUGAGCUUUCUGACCAACUGAGAAGAAUCUCCCCAGUCAUUUCCCUGAGGUGGACUCCUCCUUGACCUCUUGUCCGAGAUAAAACUCCUUUUUGGUUUCUUCAGGAAAAAAAAAAUUAAAAAUCCCCGCCCAUUCAAGAUGCAGUCCAACCACAUGUCAUUACAGUUGUGUACGUUUACAAAGUUAGAGUUUCAACAAUGUGGAGUACACGCACGCACACAACACAAAUGCAUAAACGAGUGUACAAUAUUUAAGUUGUGUUUUUAGUCAGAAGGGUCUAGGUAACAACAAAAAAAAACGGCUGAAAUUAAAAGAAGCCUUCUGUAUUUUCCAAAACAAGAUGGUUUGAAGAUGUUCAUUGUACAGAAAAAAAAGACGACUCAAAAAUAGCUGGUCAAGAUUUAGGUGUACUUUGACAGAAUACCUCCCGAUAAUUGAGUGUAGCGCUUAAGAAAAAAAAAAAGAGGCAAGUGAUGAUCUUCUGUUUGUUUUUCUGGUUGGGAGUGACAUCCGACAUCCCAAGACUCCCAAAUUCAUGUCAAGCAAGCAGGGCGAUGAAGCUGCUGCUCUUUGCUCCCAAUACUCUAUACGCUUUGAGAAUAGCUGCGGAUCCUUCCUUACGUUUUAACCGAAUGACUCUCUGACAACAAAAGUCAUUUUCCUUCAUUCUCAUACUGCAUGCCGCAACGGUCAAAAAAGGGACAACCAGACUUUUCCAGCUCACUGAGAGGAAGCCUCUGGAAAAAUGCAGUGUGGCCCGUGCAGAACCGGCCACAACUCCGCAGCUUAACCCCCCCACCCCACCCCUUGUCCUCCGAUGGCAGCACCCGAGGUGGUGGUGCGCUUUGUGUUUGUAAAACUAUGUAUUCUGUGGUGUCUGUAUUGAUGGUAAAAAUGCUGAGGAAAAAAACAAAACAAAGAAAAUAAAACAUUCUUAAGUAACACGAGUGGUCCUGUUGACAAACCCUGGGUCGUCAUAUAUGAAGAAAAAAAAAUUCUGUUUGUGAACAUUUUAAUAGGAUUUGGAAGCUUCAUUGUGACAAAUCCGAUCAAUCCACUGUGCCACCAUGGAAACGCACCUUUGCCCCAUAUCACCACGACACCUGGACCAAGUGGGCACGAGGCAAUUCCUCGAAUUCCACUGUUUACAUUUUUUUUUUUGUCUCUUCACUCCGUAUCUGACAACCUCCCAGAACACUUUAAUCGCAGAGAGUAACCCGGAUCUCAUGUGCCAUUCCUGGCUCUGUUGAUGGAUUCAAAUAUGCCCCAAAGAUGACAAAUUGCACAAAAUGAAUUAUGUCACAAUUAUUUUGUGUCUUGUAUAUUCUUGGAAAUGAUACGUUUUUCCCGUUUGUAAAUUACAUUUGACAUUAAUUAAAUGAUUGUAAAUCUCACAU